AUGGACAAGCAGGAAUCUGACUGUCCAAUCUAUAUUGACCUGGAUACUAGUCAUCUAGGAUCAUUAAACUCGAUCAGAAAGAACCUGGAAGAUAAUAAACUGAGUAGAAAAGUGAAAGCGAUGGAGGAUCUUCUGCUGUUCCAUCUCAGAGGAGACGAUGUGUCAGGGUUUCUGAUGGAUAUCAUCAGAUUCAUAGUGCCGAACAACAACCACAGAAUAAAAAGACUGGUGUAUCUGUUCUUUCACACGUUUAAUAUGAAUAAGCCAGACGGUACGCCGAGGGACGAGUUAAUUUUGGUGUGCAACGCACUAAGAAAUGACCUGUGUUCACCAAAUGAGUUCAUUCGCGGAGCUGUGUUGAGAUUGAUAUCGAGAUUGAACGUGUUUGGGCUGAUACAGCCGCUGAUACCGUCAAUUAUAGACAACAUAGAGCACAGGGAGCCGUAUGUGUACAGGAAUGCCCUCCUGUGUUUGACGAACAUAUCAGACCAUUUUGGGUCGGAUUUGAUAACGUCCUCAUUUAAGUCAGUGGAGAAUUUCAUUACCUCGAGUGACGACGUGUUUGGAACGGUGAGAGCAUAUAAACUGUUGGAAAGCUGCAACCUGGAUCUCUGCAUACAGUUUAUCAUCGCAAUAGAAAGAAACCUGCUGAACCUCUCGCCAGUGGUUCACCUGGCAAUACUGUGCUCCUUUGACAGGUUCUCAAGUUUAAACGAAGAAGUGGCGCAGAUGAUGGCGAGAAUCUUGUUUCUGCUGCUGCAAUUCUCGAGCGACAACUCAGUGCUGUUUUACUGCUCAAACCUGCUGCUUAAGUACCCGCACCUAAACCGUAAGUUAGGUCAGCAAAUGAACGUGUGCUGUAAGUCGCUGAUAAAGGUGCUGUUGAACGAAAGUGACCUAAACGUCAAGAUAAUAAUCAUAGAUAAGCUGAAUAUGAUACAGUCGUCGAGCAGGACUGCGAACAGGAUAGUGAGGAGUAGAGGGAGCAGCGCGAGUCAGCUGGCAAGUAAGCAGGACAACGUGCUGGAAAACUACGUCAACGACCUGCUGAAGGGGCUUAGCGUGAGUAACCUGGUGAUCACGCAGAAGCUGCUGAACCUGAUACUGAAGGUGACGACAAAGUCGAACGUGGAGUCGAUACUGACGAGUCUAGUCAAGAGCUUCGUGAAGGUGGACUUGAACUACGCGAGCGACGAGGUGGCAAAGUACAGGUCGCUGCUGGUGAAGAGCAUGUUCAGACUGACAAGAAGUCACGCAGCUUCAGUGCUGAGAGUGCUGGGAGACAUGCUGGUGUACCUGACGGACGCGAAUGAGAUGAUAGCACACCAGGUGUCGUUGCUGUUUUACUCUGUGCUGAGUAUAACCGCCGCAGGUAGUGGCACUGGCAGUGCUGCUAGUAGUCUUGUUACUGGGCUUGGUGUUAGUACUGGGUUUGGUGGAAGUAGUAAUGUUGGUAUUACUAGUGCUAGUAGUCUUGGUACCGGCAGCAGUGUUCCUGGCGGCAGUAAGGUGGACAAAAGGCAGGAGGUGGUCGACAAGCUGCUGGAUCAGCUAGUGCAGAACCUGAAUAACAUAGUCAGCAAGGAGGUGCUGAGCAACUGCCUGUACGUAGUGGGUGAGUACUCCAGCAACUACAAAGUGGUGAGUCAGCUUUACGAGUUGGUGACGAACACGACGGAUAGCACGAGCUCCCGAGGAGCGUACAACGUUAUCCUGGAGGACGGAAGUUACAGCACGAGUUACACAGUAGGGGCCACGGAGGUGGGUCUGCACAACCUGCUGAGUAAGAACAGAGACAUCCUGCUUUUCAACACGUUCUCAAUGACGCUGUUGAAGUUGGUGCACAGGAGGCUUGGUAGUGCAAGAACUGGUAGAAAUAUGGUUGAACAUAGCUGUUUGAUCAUAAUUAAGCUUAUCAACAUGGUGGACAAGGAUGUGUGCUGUCUGAAGAGGCUGAAGAUGGCACUGCUGCUGCUGCUAGGGCUCCUAAAGGAUAGAGAAAGGUACCUUAAGCUGAUUGGAACAUACCUGGCACUGUGCGCAAGCAAUGAAAGGAUGUCAGUGACGGGGAAGUUGAGUGAAGCAACGAGUGGGGAUGCGCUAGGAGAGGAGCCAUUUGAUGUGGACAUAGACCUUGAUGACUUCUUUGAAGCCAUUACGCAAGCCCAAGGGGGGUCCAUGGAAAAUGGUGGCGCAGAUGUGCUGGGAACGUACGCAAAGACGCACCAGUUUACAUCACUAACGGACCCGAUCUACGUUGAAGGAUUCGUGAAGCUGAUAGGGAACAAACUGUACUUCUACCUGUUCCUGGAGAAUAAGACAAAGGACGUGCUGCAAAACAUAUCACUGGACCUGUCGACGGGCUCGGAGCUGGAGCUGAUAACGCCGAAGAAGAUGAUAACGCUGCUGCCGAACACAGUCAAGAAGAUGGUGAUGAAGUUCAGAAUAGUGGGCACGGGAGACACGACGCUCUUCGGAUACGUGUACUUCAGCUUCUCAAACACGAUAGUGCUGCAGUGCCUGUCCUUUAACCCAAUCAACGUGUCGCUCUACGAGUUCAUAAAGCCCUCAGUGAUACCGGCAGCAGUAUUUAGAAAAAACUGGGACCAGUUCGAGUGGGAGCACAAGAUUAACCUCACGGGAGUUAAGGUGACUCCCACAGAGCUGCUGGAGGUGAUAGCGAGGUUCACGAAUAUGGCAGUGGUGGACUCGUCAAACAGCAGCGGCAUGCUGGGAGGCAUGGAGGAGUUCGAAGACCUCGAAUGGCGAGCGAGCAAUGUGAACGUGCUGGUGAACAAUUCGUUCUUUUCAAUAAACCUGUUCCUAAAGACGCUCUUCGACGAGGAGGCGAUUGCCAAUUUAAGUUUGGUUAAAAAGGAAAAUGAUACAUACUCAGGAUGUUUCAGAAUCAGAAGUCGCAAACAGAUAGGAUGGUGGAACUAUUUGAGGAUGUUUAGAAGUAGAUGGUGUUGUCGUUUGGAAAGGAACAGGUUUGGCAAUUUACUGCCACCAAGAGAUAAAGCGGAUAAAAUAAAACACCAACAAGUUCUGAAUAAGAUUCCAUACGACUUGGCAGACGGCUGGUUUGAAAGAAAUGAGAUUCUUCUGGAAAAAAGCAUGAAAAUCAUGCCAAAACAGUUCGCAGAAUCGUAUUUGAAGUAUAAUAAAUCGGAUGUCGAUGUGAUUUUAGACCGUCUGUUGAGGUACUGCGUCGACGGUGGCCACAAAAUAGUAAAAAUGGAAGACAUAAUAAACAAAAACAGUUUUAUGUACAGUAUAGCGCAACAGAUAGAAGAGAUAAUUGAGAGUUUGAAUGGAAGUGACUGUGGAAUAAUCUUAAGGUGCUUUAGUAAACUAAACUACGGAAACACGGAGUUGACAGUGAAGCUGCUGGAAAGACUGUUGAACAGGCUGUUAAGCAGAGGAGAGCAGUUCAGCAAGUACGGAGUGCUGUACGGGUUGACAGCAGCGGUGAAUGGACUCGAAAGCACCAGUUGCGGUUCCAGCGAUGGAACGGAAACCAAGGACGGCAGCACCGACAGGGCCACAUUCAGUAGGACGCUUAAGAGGCUGCUUGGCCUGGCAACGGAUAACUUGGAUAAGUUUGACUUAAAUGUGAUAUCGCAAAUGGUUAACGUUGUGUCGAGGAGUAGAGUGAGAGUUGACAGAGAGAUGAGAAAGGUUGGGGACUACAUUUUGGAACGUUAUGGCAACGGCAGCGAUAGCCACGACUGCUCUGGUGGCAGCAGCAGCGUAUGGACUGAGAACGUUAUACACUACUUGGCAAACGGAUUCUCGAGGAAGUCCAUGCUGAGUAAGCAGCUCUUUGACUUGUUUUCACGGCAAAUGCUGAGUGAGGACCGGUACCUGACGUACAGCGUAGAUAGCCUGGUGUCGAUAUGUAACGCGUUCUCCAAGUUCGGAAACGUAAUCGAUUCAGGCUACCUGGACUUGUACGCUAAGAUUGCAGAUUCGUUGGCGACGAAGGCUGGGAGUUUCAACAGUGUGCACGUGUCGGUGCUGGCCAACGCAUACUGCAGAGUGUGCGUGUGCCACGAAGCACUGUUCAGGGCGCUGCUGAGCAGGUUCAUGCUGGAAAAUACACUGGGCGGCAGCAGGGAAGGCUCGCUGGGUGUUGGAUACUCGCCGAGACAGGUGGCAAUGAUACUGCACUCAGUGGUUAAGCUGGACUACAAGUGCGCAAGUUUAGGCUAUCUGUUUGACCAGGCCACUAAGAAUUUGAGCUCUUAUUGUUGGCAGAGUUUAACCAUGCUCUUUCAGUCCUACUGCAAAAGCGAUUAUAUCACCAGGGAAGUGACAGAGUCGUUUGUAGAUCAUUUUUAUAAACUGCUGGUUGGUACGGUUGCCGAUAAGGGUGCUCUCGACAAUGCUGGUGCCAGAGAAGGCUAUGGGAAGACAACGCUGCUGUCGUUGGUGUAUUCACUCGUAAAAACUAACACCCUGUACCAUGUGGAGCUAAUGGAGCUCACAUCGAAGGAGAUUAAAAAGUGUAUUGAGACCUACUCCGGAGAUGAAGUUGUGAAUUUAGUAUACUCGUAUUGUAAAAUAAAUAAACAUUCAAAGGAUAAUCAGCUACGGGGACUGGAGAAAGUUUCAAUGGAUAUAUUGAGACACUUAAUGGCCCAGAUUAGGGAAAAUCAGUUCAACGCAUUCUCAAUGGUGAAGAUAGUGAAGUCGUUUGGAGAUGUUAGAUUGGUGGAAGCAUCGGAAGUGGUAUUGAGUUUGGUUAAACGAAACAUACAAUUGCUCGACAAAUUGUCGUAUCAACAAGUGAAUGCAAUCAAUCACGACGGGGUGACUGACAGGUUACCGAAGGUAGCGUUCCCCGAGCUUAUAAACAUGCCUGAAUAA